ACGAACAACUCACGGGUCUCGGUCUGGUCGACACGCUCCCCGCCGCGCCAAAGGUGCAACCCAAGCGCCUCUCGGCAACUUCGCAGUUCUCGUCCACCGACAGCUCCGUCUCCGUCGCCUCGGCGCUCGUCCCUUCCUCCUCGGCGAGCUCUCUGGCGUCGUCGAGCGCCUCGCUUCACUCGGCCGACGAGCGCGCUUCCUGGUCGCACGUUCCUGCCGUCAACAACUGGUUCUCCGCUUGCCCGCCCACCCCGCCCUCCUCGAUCCGUCUCCAGCUCGAGUUCACCUCGCUCCCGCCCGCGUCGCCCGCCCUUCUUCCCGCCGCCGCCGCCACCGCCGCCGCGGCCGAGCGAAAGCCCAGGCCGCUGUCGAGCAUCUUCAUCUCGUCCAACUCGAGCGUGCUCGACCUCAAGGAAGCCAUCGCGGCGCGCAUGGCCGAACAGGGCUUCCGACUCUCGCCCAAGAACCUCACGCUCACGCUCCACCUCCAAGACGACGCACGCAUGCCCUCCACCGCGCUCGGCCUCUGCAUCGCACACGACGAAAAGCAACCGGCAAAGGUGCUCGACGACUCCAACAGCCUCCUCUUUGAAGAGGGCGCUCAGGAGGAGGACCUCGUCGUCGUCGACUGCGAUCCAUCGCAUAUCCUCUGGUCCAUCUAA